AUGAGGGGGGCCCUCGUGGGGAAGCAGCACCGGCGGCUGCUUCUGGCUGGGCUUCUUCGCCAUGUGAACCGCGUGGCGGCCGUGGACGGCGAGGGUCCGUCCCUCCACCUCCAGCGCCGCCAUUUCUUCUCCUCCUUCCCGUUCCUGCCGCCGACUGCGACGCAGCAUCGAUUUCUGGCCAGGGUGGUGCCGUCUUGUUCGACAAGUCUGUGGAGCGGCCUCGAAGGUUGGUGGGUCCGCCCUCUCCGAUCUGUUUCUCUCUUACACCCAAUAAAUCGACGUUUUGAUGGGUGGAAAAGGGGGCAAAAGAACUUGUUGAAUUUCUAUUGAACUACGUUCCCACCCCCUCUCCGUCGCUCGAAACUUUCUGUUCGAAGCACUGCUCGAGAUCUUGCACGGUUUCUUAUCGCGCGACUCCCGGACUCUGCGCCAUUUGAGAUGCUCAAAUGCACCGUGUUUUUUGUGAGAUUCAAACUGGAUCAUGGUCUCCUUUCGAAUAAGAUAUGCUCUAUAUCUGCUCCAGCGUGCGCUUUAAGCUAUUGUUCGUCGCAUUUCAUCACUUCGAGGCUCGUAUUUUCGAAUGGCUUUAAAUCACAGAACUUCACAAAGCUGAAUUAUCUCCGAGUGGAAAAAAAGUUCGUUUCAUCCGUCCGAAUAUUGAAAUCUAUGCGGAAGGGGGAGAUUGCCGGGUGGCAGGUUACAGAAUUUUCUACGGAAAUGAAGGUGCUGAUUCAUCAGCUAAAGCUCAGAAUUAUCUCGAAUGAGAUUUUCCACCCCGAGUUUCACCAUUGAAGUCAACCUCUAUAAAGCACCACCUCGUGGAAUAUAAUCUUGGACGAACUAGGGAAGAAUGAUGGCCAUAUCUGUAAUGCAUGGGGGAGGUCCAAGCGUUGGAGUGCAGACUUCAACGCUUGAAAAUCAUAAACACUGUGAAUGAAUUGGAUGCCAAUUCUGACCACCGAUGAUGGCGGACAGGAAGUUAGAGUAUUUUUUCUGUCAGCAUUUCGAGCCAUGCCAUCUCAGGGUUGCAUUCACCUUUUUUUUUCUUUUGUAGAUUUUAUCAAAUAUCUGAUCUUCAGUGUGAAUCAUUGCUGGAAUUGAUUUCUUCACAGCCUUUUUUUCUUUUUCGGGUUUGCCUUGAUAUUCUUCUGAAUUGCGGCGUAUUCGAGACACACACUUGCUAGACUUCCAUUAUUUUAUUUUAUUUUAUUUUUAAAAGUUUCUGAUGCUCGUCUUCUCAGGACAGAGGAGGAGCAUGUUCAUUCAGACGCAGUCUACGCCCAAUCCAUCAUCUCUCAUGUUUCAUCCCGGGAAGCCGGUCAUGGAAGUCGGAAGUGCAGACUUCCCCAACGCCCGCUCAGCGAUGACUUCCCCCCUUGCCAAGGCGCUGUACGGUAUUGACGGUACGAAUCUACUUCCUUUCCUUUCUGGGGUCGAUACUCCAGACUCAUUCAGAACCAGUCUUCCCUUCCCGCAGAGAUGGGUCUUCCUGAGUCAUCAUUUUCGUGCCUGUUUAGAGGAAGGAAUGUGUGAUUUUGUGAGUGGUGGGUGAUUUUCAGGGAUAACGAGGGUGUUCUUCGGAUCGGAUUUCGUCACGGUGACAAAAUCCGAGGACACUUCGUGGGAUCUCCUCAAACCCGAGAUCUUUGCGGCGAUCAUGGACUUCUAUUCAUCCGGGCAGCCGCUCUUCCUCGACUCCAGUGCCGCAGCAUCCAUGGACACCGCGAUCCACGAGGUCUCCUUUCAUGGCAUUCGUCACCAUGCGGUCAUGAUUUUCUAUGCAUUGCCCGUGUUCGACUUUCUUGCUUGGUCCUCGUCCAGGACGACUCAGAGGUCGUGGCGAUGAUCAAGGAGCUGCUGGAGACGCGUAUCCGCCCCUCGGUGCAGGACGACGGCGGGGACAUCGAAUACCGCGGAUACGACCCGUAGGUUUUUCUCUCCUAAUAUGGAUGCAGGAUGAUGGUUCUGACCUCGCCUGCGGACGCUAUUGACCCCUGUUCUGUUUUCCUCUGGCUUCGCUCUUCCAGGGAGACCGGGAUAGUGAAGCUGAGGAUGCAGGGAGCUUGCAGCGGCUGCCCGAGCUCCUCCGUGACCCUCAAGUCGGGCAUCGAGAACAUGCUCAUGCACUACAUUCCUGAGGUACGUUCGCUGAGGAUUCAUGGUUGUCAGCUCGUCGAUUUUUCUGACGUGUUUAACAAAUCUUCGUCGCCUCCUCUGCUCGCGGCUCGAUGGCAGAUUAGAGGAGUAGAGCAGGAGCUUGACGGCGAGGAGGAGAAGCAGAUGGAGCAGUAA